GACAGCAAAAGCGUCCAAUUGUCGAGCUGCUCGUCAGACCUUAGCGCUCGCGCCGGAGGUGGGAAUAGUCGGAAUACGGGUGGGAGAUGUUUAUAGCACCUGAAUGAAACUGCUGAAUAUCAGUGUGAUUGGAAAUCGGAAACCUCCAUGGAGCCCGCUUGGCGACAGCAGGGCCGGGGUCGUGGCCGCGGUCAGGCUGUGGGUGAUGUGUCGUCAUGGAGACCGCAGAGGCAGGAGGAUGGAGGGAGACUGGGGCGAGGGAGGGCCGCUUCUGCCGUCACGGCAGUACCCAAAGCAGAACCCUCACCAGGUACAGCUGUGUCCUCUCAGUCCAAAUUUGACGAGAUCAGGAAGUCUAACCAGGCUGCUGCUCAGCGACUGGCUGAGAGUCAGUACAGCUCCUCUUCGGAUGAUGAUGAUGAUGAUGAUGAUGAUGAUGAAGUGCUUGGGAAACGAGGCCGAAUCCUACAGUCGACUCUAACCACGUACACCAGUCAGACAGGAGGAGAUGUGUCAGACCUGGAGAGAACUCGUCAAUACCUGAAUGAGGCAUUCCAGUCCGGAGCAAUUACCUGUCUCAUCUGCAUCGCUUCUGUAAAGAGGACACAAGCGGUGUGGAGCUGUGUAGGUUGUUAUUGUAUCUUCCACAUCCCAUGUAUUCAGAAGUGGGCUAAAGAUUCUAUCUUCCUCGUCUCCUCAGUAACUGAUGAGGAUUUUGGGAAAAAAGAUCACCCCUGGCCCUGUCCUAAGUGCAGACAUCAGUAUACCCCUCAGCAAACUCCCACUCGUUAUUACUGUUACUGUGGGAAGAAGGUGGACCCUGAGCCUGACCCUUGGAUCCUCCCACAUUCCUGUGGACAGGUUUGUGACCAAGAGUUUAAACCUCCGUGUGGACAUCGCUGCCUUCUGCUAUGCCAUCCAGGCCCAUGCCCUCCAUGUCCAAAGAUGGUGAGUGUGUCAUGCCUGUGUGGGAAAGCAGCCCCUGUUCCACGCCGCUGCAGUAAUAAAGCCUGGAACUGCGGAAAGAUCUGUGGCCGCAUAUUACCCUGCAAGAUGCACACCUGCGCACACACCUGUCAUGCAGGUGAGUGCGAGCCAUGUCCGAGAGUGAGCGUGCAGAAGUGUGUUUGUGGCAGGAAGAAGGUGGAGCGUCAGUGUGCUAGUCCUGUGUGGCACUGUGACCAGGUGUGUGGCCGACCUCUGGCAUGCGGUAACCACACAUGUGAGCGUGUAUGUCACACAGGUAUAUGUGGAGAAUGUCCUCGUGCAGGGAACCGUACAUGUCCAUGCGGCAAGAGCAAGUGUGCAUUGCCAUGUACAGCUGACGUUCCUACCUGUGGUGACACCUGUGAUAAGAAACUUGACUGCAGCUUACAUGCCUGCUCGAUGCGCUGCCAUAGAGGAGCCUGUGAGACCUGCCGCCAGGAGGUGGAGAAGCAGUGUCGGUGUGGCCGUUACACCAAGCGCAUGCCCUGCCAUAAGGAGUAUCUUUGUGAGUCGAAAUGCACCCAGAUGCGCAGCUGCAACAGACACCAGUGCAAGAGGAAGUGCUGCCCAGGUAACUGUCCACCCUGUGAUCUGAGUUGUGGCAGAACACUGGGCUGCCGGAACCACAAGUGCCCCUCUAUUUGUCAUCAAGGGAGUUGUUACCCCUGUCCUGAGGUGGUACAGGUUAAAUGUGCAUGUGGUUCCACAUCUCUGAGUGUUCCCUGUGGAAGAGAGAGGAGUACGAAGCCUCCACGCUGCAGAGAAAUAUGCAGGACUCCUCCGUCAUGUCAUCAUCCUUCCCGUGAGCAGCACAGGUGUCACUUUGGUGCAUGUCCUGUGUGUAAGCAGGUGUGUCAACUGCCUUUACCUGGAUGUACACACCUGUGCCAGGCACCUUGCCAUGACCAGGUGCUGCACAAAGCCAACAACCAGGGUCAGUUAGCAGGUCCGUGGGAACAGCAGACUGCUCCGGCGUUUGAGUUCAAGGCAUUGCCAUGCCCUCCCUGCCAUGUGCCCAUACCCACGGCCUGUCUCGGAGAGCAUGAGGUGAGUCCAGUGCCAUGUCAUGUACGUGUGCCGUUCUCCUGUGGCCGUGCAUGUGGACGAACUUUGACCUGUGGGAACCAUAGCUGCAGCCUGGAGUGUCAUGCUGUAACCUUUGACCCCAAGAGGGAGAAAACCGAGGCCGGGAAGGAGUGUGAACAUUGUGAAGAGGGCUGCUCUAAGCCCCGCCCCACUGGAUGCCCCCACCCAUGUGCCCUCCCCUGUCAUCGUGGCGACUGUCCCCCCUGCACUCAGAUGAUCAGACAGCGAUGCCACUGCAAGAUGUCAAUCCUGUACAUAGAGUGCCUGAAGCUGACCUCUACUGAUGAUGAAGGUAGAAAACUCCUCACCUCCUGCAGAAACCAGUGUCCUAAACAGCUGAAGUGUGGGCAUCGUUGUAAGGAGCUCUGUCACAUGGGAGAGUGUGAGGAGAACUGCAAUCAGAGAGUGAAAGUCAAGUGUCCAUGCAAGAGGAUCAAAAAGGAGUUUUCCUGUUCCCACACCAGACAGGAGGAGAAUCUGGUGGUGUGUGACGACACCUGUAAGGACCUACAGAGGAAAUAUGCUGAGGCCCGAGAAGCAGAGGAGAGAGCCAUCAAAGAGGAAGAGCUGAAGAAGCAGCAGGCCGAGCUGGAGGCCUUUGAGAAGCGGCAGAAAGGAAAGAGAAAGAAGAAUAGGCGCAACACAGAAGUGGAAACCCAGGAAGGGGUGUGGCUUAAAUAUAGGAAGUACCUCCUGGUGCCUGUCUGUGGCAUCCUAUUGGCUAUUGGAGCAUUUUAUCUGCUGCAGGCCAGUUAGAGCACUGGAACAGUGACCAUCACUGAGACACCAUGCUGACACACAGAUUUUCACACUUCACUGCUUACUGCUUUAACAUACUCAUCAACAGGAUGACAUGUGAGUCAGGAAGGUGUGUGUGUGUGUGUGUGUCAGUUUCCUCAAAUUUUAAUUUGAAAAUUUCUAAGCCAAACAUCUCUGUUAAUUAGAUUAUCUUUAACUAUAAUUAUUAAAUUCACUCAGUUGUGUGUUAGUAAAUAAAGCAAUGCUGAAUCA